UCCUCGAGUCUCUAUGGUAGCAACUACCUCGGAGGCUGCGGGGACGGUGGCUGCCGCGUUGAGGAAGAGUGAGGCUUCCAACUUUCCUACUGAUCUGGGAGGUACUGGGCGCAGAGGGUCGCGAUGUCAGAGAAAAAGCAGCCGGUAGACUUGGGUCUCUUAGAGGAGGACGACGAGUUCGAGGAGUUCCCUGCCGAAGACUGGGCUGGCUUAGAUGAAGAUGAAGAUGCACAUGUCUGGGAGGAUAAUUGGGAUGAUGACAAUGUAGAGGAUGACUUCUCUAAUCAGUUACGAGCUGAACUAGAGAAACAUGGUUAUAAGAUGGAGACUUCGUAGCAUUCAGAAGAAGUGUCGAAGUAACCUACACAUGAACUGUUUAUUAAAUUUUAGGACAGAGAACCCAGGCUGGGACCUAAAAAUAUGUUUAUUUCAUUAUCUGCUUGGCUUUAUUUUUGUUUUUGUAACACAAAAAAUAAAUGUUUUGAUCUAA